AUGCUUUUGAAGUUCAUUAAGAAAAUGGUUUGUCCCUCCAUGACUGUAGUUGGCAUUCUGGGGAAUAUGUCUGUUUCUGUAAAUUAUAUGUUCAGUUGGUGGGGAGGCCCUGAAAAGAAACCCAUACACCUUGUUCUCAUCCACUUGGCUUUUACAAAUAUCAUACUUCUUCUUGCAAAAAGAUUACCAAAGACAAAAGCAGAUUUUGGUUUGAGAAACUUUCUAGGUGACAUAGACUGUAAGAUCCUCCUUUACCUGGAGAGGGUGGCCCGUGGCCUCUCCAUCUGCACCAGCAGUCUGCUCACUGUGGUCCAAGCCAUCAUCAUCAGUCCCAGAGCAUAUGGGUGGCAGAGACUCAGGCCAAAGUCUGCAUGGCACAUCCUUCCAAUCUUCUCAUUGUUUUGGAUACUCAAUGGUUUAAUAAGUGUGAACCUCAUCUAUUCCACCACAAAUAUAAGACUGAAUGUAUCCCAGCUUAGGGGUGACAUGACCUAUUGUUAUUUUAUGCUACCAAGUCAGAAAAUAAAAUGGAUUGUUCUCCCUCUCAUGGUCCUGAGAGAUGCAGUGUUUCAGGGUGCCAUGGGAGGGGCCAGUGGCUACAUGGUAUUUCUCCUCCACAAGCACCACCAGCAUGUCCUCUACCUGCAGAACUCCAAGCUUCUCUACAGAACUCCCCCAGAGCUGAGAGCUGCCCAGAGUGUCCUCCUUCUGAUGCUCUGUUUUGUUUUCUUCUACUGGACAGAUUGUGCCUUUUCUCUAAUUUUAAGUCUCUCUUUAGUGGAAAAUUCAUUGAUAAUAAACAUUCAAGAAUUUCUGACCCUUGGUUAUGCAACUUUUAGCCCCCUUGUGCUAAUUCAUAGGGAUAGAUUUCUAACUGGAUUUUGGCAUGUGCAAUGA